CAGUUGCCUGAACAGCAAGCAGGAUUAUAAUAUUAUCUCACGCACAGAAUAAAAUUUUAAAAAGUAUCCCCAACAAAAGGACACAAAAUGUUUGUGAAAUCGUUAAUUUGUAAUUUGGUGCUGGUGGUCCUCAUUGCAGUCUGUUAUAGUCUGCCCGUUGAUAACGACAAUGGCAAGUAUACGGGUUCAGGGCAUAAUUUAAACGAUGGCAAAUAUCAUCCACAAGACGAUGGACGUUACCAUGGUUCUGGCUCAAAUGAAGGCCGAGGUAUCUCACAGGAUUCUUUAGGUCGUUAUCAUCACAUGGUCCAGCCUUAUCAACAUGUGAGCGAUCAUCGGGAAUUGGGCGUAUAUCACCAUAUUCCAUAUCCAUACGAUGGAGGUUAUGGUCCCUAUGCUGGUCUAAAUCUACCCUAUAUACAUGAUGCCAGACCAUAUAACCACGAUCUGUACACAUCCACAACAACGAAGAAACCCACUACAACCACUAAGCGAACCACAACCACUACAACAACAACAACUACCACUCCCAGACCCAUUCUGUUCAACUACGAUGAUGAGGGACGCCAUAAGAUUCUGCACCAAGAAGAGAUCCGCAAGAAGGACAAAUAUGAUCACGCUUUCCUGACUGAAAACGGCAUCUACGGCGAGGAGCAGGCUAAAUUGCAUCAUACCGGAGGCACUCACGCCAAGGGCCGCUACGAAUACACCGGCGACGAUGGCAAACUGUAUCGCGUCAAUUAUGCCUCAAACGACGGCGGCUUCAUGCCCGAGGGUGAGCACAUACCCACUCCACCGCCCAUUCCAGAGGCUAUUGCCCGUGCCCUCAAGUAUGUGGAGGAGCAGCAUCGAGAGAAUGGCGCUCAAUUCGAUCAUCGUGGCUUCCGCAUUAAUCACAUGACCAAGGACAUUAAAGCCCAACUCAAAGCCAUCCAUUUGGAGCGUAUGCCCAAGGAACUCGGCGAUCAAAUUCGAAUGCUCGAACAUGAAGUUGAGCUGGCCGAGGAAGAGGAACGCGAAGAGCAAGCCGAGCUGGAACGUCAGGAACGCAAGCGUAAAGCAGCCCUAGCCAAGAAGGCUUAAGCAAAAGCAAUAGACCAUCAUCCAGGAUUCCCCAUAACACCUCCUAAAAACCUACCCCCAAAGUCAUAACACCUACCCACCGCCAUCCACUCCAAUCUUCCCCACAUUCCCCAUGCUAAAACAGAAAAAAAUCACAAAAAAAAGCAAACGAAAAGAUGAGUUAAGAAACUAAACACUGAGAAACUGAGUUGCAUCUCUGUUGAUAUA